AUAAUAAUAAUAAUAAUAAUAAUAAUAAUAAUUUAUUAUUUAUACCCCGCCCAUCUGGCUGGGUUUCCCCAGCCACUCUGGGCGGCUUCCAACAGAACAGAAUAUUAAAAUACAACAAUAUAUUAAACGUUAAAAGCUUCCCUUAAUGAAUGCAUUAAGGCAGCUGUCAGCCGCAGGGGGCCGCCUGACAACCGCCUAGCGAUUCCUAAACGCCCCGCGAGGGGAUGGGUUGAAAUACUGUACUACUGCGUGGGGACAGAAUCAGCAGGCGGAACGGUUCGGCGCGGGAGUUGAUUCCCGGCCGGGCAGCUUUGGCUGAGGCGCCGAAGUGAUUGCGGGGGAAGGUUCCGCCUGACGCGCAGCAGCGGCGCCGGGGUUACGGUCGGCGUCGGUUUCGGUCGGCGGGGGGCGCCAAGCUGCGGAAGAUGUUGCUGGUCCUGUCGGAGGAGCAUAAGGAGCACCUGGGCUUCCUUCUCCAGGUGGAGAGCUCAGUUGUCAAUGAAUUCUGCAAACAAAUCUUCUUUCUUUUCAGUUGUCAAUGAAUUUGGCCGUAUUGCGCUGGAGUUCCUAAGAAAAGGCACAAACCCCAAAAUCUAUGAAGGAGCAGCAAGAAAACUUAAUGUUAGUAGUGAAACAAUUCAGCACGGUGUAGAAGGAUUAACAUACCUUCUCACUGAGAGCUCAAAACUCAUGAUAUCGGAGAUAGAUUUCCAAGACUCUAUACUUGUACUAGGAUUCUCUGAAGAAUUGAAUUCCGUAUUGCUUCAGCUGUAUCUUGACAAUAGGAAGGAGAUCAGAAGUAUUCUUACUGAACUAGCUCCAAAGCUGCCUAGUUAUCACAGUCUUGAAUGGAGACUAGAUGUGCAGCUUGCUAGCAGAAGUCUGAGACAGCAAAUUAAGCCUGUUGUGACUCUGAAGCUCCACCUUACUCAGAAUGGAAAACAAACUACUCAAAUAUUACAAACCGACCCUGCUACGUUGCUUCACCUGAUUCAGCAACUGGAACAAGCUUUGGGAGAAAUGAAAACAAAUCAUUGUAGACGAAUAGUGCGUAACAUCAAGUAGUAUUUGCCAUCUCAGUAAACUCAUGGAAACCAGUGUCGCCAAACAACAGUGCGUCUGGACCAGUCAAAAACUUCUCCUUGGCCAUGUUCUUGAGACUACAUUUAAGGGCUGAAUUUGCUUGGGUGCUAAUCUAGUAAUAAUGUCAGAUGCAAGUUAGAAUGAUCAUCAUAAACUAACCAGACAUCAAUAUUAGUUGAUCAUGUGAGCUUUUCUAAUUUUAUGUACAGCUGCCUUUUGCAUAAUGUUCUGUACAGCUUACUGGUAUAAUGACCAAACAUUUUUCCUUCUUAUCUUUUCUGAUCUGAAUAAAGAAACAUAUACAGUAA